GCUCUGCCAUUUUGCAUGAAUCCGGUGUAAAGCAUGGCGUCGGUGGAGAUGAGGCUCCCAGCGGUCCACAAACCCGUUUCACCGGCAGCAUCACAGUCCAACCGCGACGACAAACAUCUGGUGGUUCCUGGCGAUGUCAUCACAUCUGACACGGGCUUCAUGAGGGGCCAUGGCACAUACAUGGAUGAAGACAGACUCACGGCUUCAGUGGCUGGAGAAGUGGAACGAGUCAACAAACUCAUCUGUGUGAGACCACUGAAGACCAGGUAUAACGGUGAGGUUGGCGAUGUGGUCAUUGGCAGAAUCACAGAGGUGCAGCAGAAGCGAUGGAAAGUCGAGACUAAUUCUCGUCUGGAUUCAGUGCUGCUGCUGUCCUCCGUCAAUCUGCCCGGAGGAGAGCUGAGAAGGCGAUCAGCGCAGGACGAGCUGGCCAUGAGAGACUAUCUUCAGGAAGGAGAUCUCAUCAGUGCAGAGGUUCAGUCAAUCUUCUCAGAUGGCGCUCUCUCUCUGCACACACGCAGUUUGAAGUACGGCAAGCUGGGUCAGGGUGUGCUGGUGCUCGUGUCACCGUCGAUAGUGAAGAGACAGAAGACUCAUUUCCACAACCUGCCGUGCGGCGCCUCUAUAAUCCUGGGCAACAACGGCUAUGUGUGGCUGUAUCCCACGCCGGGACACCAGGACGAGGAGGCCGGAGGAUAUUACACCAGCAUGGAGCCCGUGUCUUUGGCCGAUCGGGAGGUGAUUUCCAGGCUCAGGAACUGUUUGUUGGCUCUUGCGGCUCAUAAGGUUUUGCUGUACGACACAAGCGUGCUUUACUGCUACGAAGCAUCUCUUACACACCAGAUUAAAGAUAUCCUGAAGCCAGAGAUCAUGGAGGAGAUCAUUCUGGAAACAAGGCAGCGCCUCGUGGAGCACGAAGGAUAAACAGCUGACUGUCAUUUGAUGUUUCAUAUAAACCCUUGUAUAGUUUAUUAUGUUGGAAUAAAGGAGUUUGUCAGAAAACAA